CAUGCUUUUGUCGCAUUUCUUAAAUACACAAAAUGUCUGCUAGCUCUGGGAAAUAUUGAGGAGCACAUUCAUACUAAAACGAAACCCUGCUUCUCCCCAGUGUCCUGACAUAUGAUUGGUUUCCACACCUUUUCACCUUCAGGAGACUUACACACCUACCACUCUGGAAGCCAGAUCACGGUGUGUCCAAUCCUCUGUUCUCUUUUCCUCCUUUUUCUUUAUUUGAUCUACAGGCGCUCAGACACCUCCCUCUGUAGCCAUAGGGCUCCACUUCCUCACCUUCAUUUGGUCACACUUGCAGUCUCUCUUCUACUACAAAUGGAGAUAGAAAGACUGCAAAGAAGGAAUCGCUACCUGCUGCAAGUGCUGCUCUUCCUGAAAAGGAUGCUUGAGAGGCCAGGCAAGAGUUUCGACCCUGUGGCCUCCCAAUCGCCUGUUCUUUCCUGGUAUGGUACGACUCCGGAGCCCAGGAGGUGGUGGGUGAGACCGCGCACCCGCCGUCGUUGGUGGAAGGAAGAGGUUUUGUCCCUUUGGGAUGAGGAGAUGUGGGUGUCCAACUUCAGGAUGUCCAGGGAAACCCUUUUUGAGCUUUCCAACUGCCUUCGACCGCAUCUGGAGCGUCAGGUCACAACCCUGAGGCAACCCAUCAGCGUGGAGGAAAGGGUCGCAAUCGCGAUAUGGUGGCUUUCGUCACCUUUGCUCUACAGAAAGGUUGCCUCCCGUUUCGGGGUUGGAGAAUCGACUGUCGCAGUUCUCGGAAUAGAGGUCUGCCUUGCCAUAGAAAAAGCACUUCUUGGAAAAACGGUCCAGCUCGGGGACUACAAGCAGAUUAUGGCAGGAUUCGCUGACCUUGGGUUUCCCCACUGUAUUGGGGCGAUAGGUGGAAUACACAUCCCCGUCCGCCCCCCAGUGAGACGUGCUGAUGACCAGAAAAACAGUGACUCCAUUGUUCUCCAGGGAACGACAGACCAUACUGGGAGAUUCAUCAACAUUGAAGUUGGGUGUUCAGGAAGAAACCGUGACGCGCACCUUUUCCGUUCCUCGGCAAUCUAUCAAGCUAUGGAGGAGGGAGCAUUUGUGCUAGGGAAUCCCCACACGGAAUGCAACGGAGUUCAAAUACCACCCUUGAUUUUGGGAGAUGGAGUUUAUCCCCUAAGGAAGUGGCUUAUGAAACCCUACGGGGGAAAUCUUGACCAUAGAAAGCAAAUGUUUAAUUCAUCUCUGUGCAGAGCUAGAAGCGUCGUAGAAAGAGCAUUUGGACGACUAAAAUCUCGAUGGGGGUGUUUGUCUUCCCGCUUGACCGUGGCAGAGGAAAAAUAUGUUCCAAUUGUCUCUGCAUGUGUGGUGCUGCACAAUAUAUGUGAAACAAAGGGGCAUGUUUUGUCACCUCAGGUCCUGGCACGCAGGGAUCUCACUCUUCCAGUACAGGAGGAGUCUGAGUUGGGAAAAUAUGCUGGAGGAGCGAAGGAGGGGGAAAAAGUCCGUUCAGCAGUAGCAGGACUGCUUAUGGGAGAAUGUUAACUGCCGGUCUGAACAAAUGUCAGUACUUUUCCCCGACAAUGACAUUAACUAUUAAAGUCCGUACUUUUCUACUA